GCGGGGUGAGAGGUGAGGGGUGAAGGGGUGAAGAUUGGAAAGUGCCGGCUCUGCCGCGCCUCGCGGUCGUCAUGGAGGCGGUCACUGCUGAGGAGCUGCCGGAGGAGGAGGAGGAGGAGGAGGACGAGGAAGAAAGGCAAGAGCGGCUGUUGAAGAGGCAUCGGAAGGAGAAGAAGGAGCUGCAGGCCAAAAUUCAAAGCAUGAAAAAUGCUGUUCCCAAGAAUGACAAAAAGAGGAGGAAGCAGUUGAUUGAGGAUGUUGCUAAAUUGGAAGGAGAAAUGGAACAGAGACACAGAGAAGAACUGGAGCAUUUGAAGCUGACUUCACAUGCAAAGAAUAAGAUAGACUCUCUUGUUGUUAACAUUGCAAGUUUGAGUAUUGAGAAUCAGCAGCCUCGGAUAUCAAAAGCUCAGAAGAGGAGGGAGAAGAAAGCUGCAUUGGAGAAAGAAAGAGAAGAAAGGAUAGCAGAAGCUGAAAUUGAAAACUUAUCUGGAGCCAGACAUCUAGAAAAUCAGAAACUUGCACGAAUUUUGGCAGCUAGACAUUUAGAGAUUAAACAGAUUCCAUCAGAUGGCCACUGUAUGUACCGAGCUAUUGAAGACCAACUGAAGGAACAGGAGUGCCCCCUGACUGUAGCCACCUUAAGAAGUCAAACUGCUGAAUAUAUGCAAAACCAUGUAGAAGACUUCCUGCCAUUCUUAACUAAUCCUAAUACAGGAGAUAUAUAUACUCCAGAAGAGUUUGGAAAGUACUGUGAUGACAUUGUAAACACAGCUGCAUGGGGAGGUCAGCUUGAGCUAAGGGCUCUGUCUCACAUUUUACAAACGCCAAUAGAAGUAAUACAGGCAGAUUCUCCUCCGAUUGUAGUUGGUGAAGAAUAUUCAAACAAACCUUUAACACUUGUAUAUAUGAGACAUGCGUAUGGCUUAGGAGAGCAUUAUAAUUCUGUGAAACAACUGAUGGACACAGCUACUGAAAAUGGUAGCUAGUUUAUGAAGUUUGUAGAAUUAUAUUUUGGUUCUGUGCAGCACAACAGUCUGGGCAUUCAUAUCAAGGCUUGGAUUGUUCCAAAGGGAAUUGAAUCUUUUCCUUUUUUUAGUUCUUUAUUCCUCCUCUCUCCUUUUCUUCUUCCUCUUCCUCCUUCCUCCUUUUUUUUUUUUUUUUUGCAAAGCUACUAAUGGAUUUUGAACACACAUCAGAAAUAAACUCUAGUCUUCACUUAGCAGCAUUUUUAAAACUUGUUUUGGUUGCAUCUUAUAAGAGCAACAUAGGCAGAGCAGGUUUAGGACAAAGCCUCCAAAUAUUUCUAUUUAUUGUAUCCUAAAAUAGAUUUCCUCUAACCUUCACUGGUAUAAAUUUACAAUGGUCAUAUUUUUAAAUGUUAGUAAAAAGCUUUGAGUGUCUAACUCUUGAAGAUGUGAAUACUCAGCAAUUAUGUGGCAGUGGUGAUAGUGAGUUCUAAUACUCCUUUCAGAUGAAAUUGAAUGCUUAUAGCCUGGGUAUUAUUGAUAGAAUGAUCUGAAUUUUUUCCACAAUGUUAUUUUUAUAAGAUUAAGGUACUGCUAAAAGCAUGUUUGAUUAAUUAAGAAUUUCAUAGUAUUUAUGCAGGUGUAAAUCACUUGAUUAAGAUAAGUGGACAAGGCAAAGUCAAGGAUACCUAACAGUUUAUGCCUAAAGUGUGACACUUGAUUUUUUAAAAUGUAUGUAAUUACUGAAUUUUUUUCCUCCCAAGUAAGCUUUUAGACAUGCAUCUUAAUUCACUAGAUAUUUAUUGUUAUUUUUAAAGGUUUAGUCUCUGGAAUUAAUACUAUACAUUUGUGAUUAUCUUAAAAACUUCAGAUUACCCGUGUGCUUUGUAUUGCUUUACCUGUGAAUGUUCAGCUGCUAUCACAGCUGACUCCUAACCUUCCACCAUAACCCCUCACUUUAGUUUGCUUUUUCUGCAAAAAAUAUAGCUUCUUUUCCCCACACUUGCUUGCUAUCUCAUCAUUCUACCCAGUUGAUUCUUUAGGGAAAUAUUGACUGCUUCUGUUUUUCUUCUCCUUUUCAAAAUAAGGAAGAGACUAGGUCUCAUGAUCAAAAUUCAACCAUGUUCACAUCCACAUUUUCACUUUGCCUAUUUUUCAAGCUUCCUGUUUUUCUCUUUCUCUUUAGGGAUUGGGAAAAAUAAAGUCCUAGCUACUUGUUACA